UCAACUACGAGGCGUGAGCCCGUGGACCCCAGCACCAGGCACGGCGAUGGGACUUCUGGAGGCUGCAAGGACUUGGGAACCGCCAAACUGUACGAGGUGCUGGACGUGCGGUGGGAGGCCUGGGAUGGUGAGAUCCGGCGCAGCCACUACAACGUGUCCCUGCGGGUGCACCUGGAACACAGGGACGUUGUUGGCCAGGAGACCACCCGGCAGUUCUAGAUCCUGGGCCAAAUCUACUCGGUCCUGAGCGACGCCAAGAAGUGGGAGCUGAAUGACAAGAGGCGGGAGGGGGUAGUGGGGGUGGAUGAGAAGGCGAACCGAACGGACUAGGACCGGGACUGACUGAGCUACUGGAGGCUGCUCUUUAAGAAGAUGACCUUAUCCAUUAAGACCUUUGAAGAAAAGUACAUUGGUUCUGAAGAAGAACUAACUGAUAUUAAACCAACCUAGGUGGACUUCGAGAGUAAUGUGGAUCAAAUUGUGGAGUCUCUAUUUUGUGCAGAAUACAAUGCCAAAUCCAGAAUCCGGACCAUCAUGCUACAGACCUUGAUUGAUUUUGGAGAAGUUGCACCCUUUAAAGAUUUCCUCACUGAAUCAAAGCAAAUGAAUGCAAGAAAAAGUUGAGUUCAAGAGGAAGCCAAAGAAGCAGAAAAGAAGCUGGGCCUCUGGGAGGGACCAGGUGACUUAAAAGCACUUCUCCAAGGCAGAGAAAAUGAUUAGGAAAAAGAAAUGGACAAUUUUCUGGUCCAGUGGGAAGCCAAGUAUUACAACUCUUCCAAAAGGAAAAAAGAAAAAAAAAAGCCAACUGCCAAGAAAGGAAAAAUAAAUUAG